AUGGAAGCGCAGCUCUUAGCUCAAAUUAAUGGCAGCAACGUAACUACUACUGAUAUAGAUAAUGACAUUGAUGAUGAAAUGAGAACAAUAGAUGAUUGGUUGAGGAAGUUGCUGACAGAGAUCUUCACUGAUAAUGCUAGAUUGAGAAAACAGGUGAAUACUAUUAUCCGUUAUGCUCUCAAAAUAGACAUUUCUUCUGAGAAAGAUGAUGCGGCCGCUCCUUCAAUACCAAUUAUACAAAAUAAGUUUUCAGAUAGAUAA